CCAGGGAGGGACGUCCAUUGUGCCAAGCGGGUGGGGGAGUUAACAAGCGCUCAGGGCGUCCUGAGGAGAAUAAUCAGAGGGGGUCUUGAGAGAGACGCGGACAUUAACUUCCUCCCACUCCCCCCCCCCCGCAAUUAUUAUUGAUUUUUUGCUGUGGGGGCGGGCAUGACAGCUGCCUGGCUGUCACCCCCCCUUCCUCACUAGGUGAACCCGCCCGUCACGCGCCCCACGCCGCGCGGCCGUUGAGGUGAAGCAGGAGGCGGGGGAUUGUUGCCUCCGAGGCGUCGUCGCUUACGCUGGCCGCUCAUUGGUCCGCCGGGAUUGAGAGGGAAAAGGAGGCGAAGGAGCGGGCGAGGCUGAGGAAGCUGAGUGGAGGAGCGGCCGAGUGAGAGAGAGAGAGUGGGGGGAAAGGCAGGAAUAUUAGCUUAGUUUAGCUGCCGUCAUGAGCUCUAGGAAAUACCCCGGGCCCGGGCGCAGGAGGAGAAGAGAAAUUCUUUCCAAGAGGUUGACAACAAGAGAAGAGCUUGUGUUAGGUUGUCCAUUUUCUGAAAGUGAGAGAGCUUCAAAAUCAGAAGACAGCAUUAGGAAAGACAAAAUCAUCCAACAACUGCAAUCAGAGGUUGAAGAACUGCGAACAAAAAAUAUUGAGUUGGAGAAGUAUGUUACAAAAAUACUUGAUAGUAAGAAAGAAGUAACAACUCAAGUGGGUGACUUGACAAGUAAGAAUGAAUAUCUCUGUAAAGAACUCGCUCAUGUAGACAAGUUAGCAGAACAGCUGGAAAAAGAAAAAGAAUUUGUAUUGGAUAGUGCAGACCAGGAAAUUGCAGAAGCCAAGUCUCAGAUUAAAUGCCAACAAAAUACUAUACGGAAAUUGGAACAUAAAAUCAGCGCCCUUAGCUCUCCUUCCUCAAACAUUGAAAUAUCACAGGAGAGGCGUCCCUCAAGGCUUGACAAUACUACCAAGUCAGCAGAAGAAGACAGAUAUCAGUUGAAGAAAAUGCUUCGAAAUACGUCAAGUCCUAGGCGCAGCUCCUCUCAUUCUGUUUCAAAGGAGCUUUCCCCCAUCCGGGGAUGUAAAUCUGAUCCAGAAUUUCAGCAAAUGUUGAGAGACCGUGAUGAAUAUAAGACAAUGCUGGAAAGAUAUGAACGUCACAUGGCAGAAGUUCAAGGCAACAUCAAGGUUCUCACAGCAGAAAGAGACAAAGUUAUUCAACUUUAUGAUCAGGCCCAGGAAGAAAUAAGUCAACUGCGAAAAGAAGCUAUGAAAGUCCCGAAAGCAUCCAAAACUGCGAUGACUGCACAGGCUGUUUUGAGGCGUGUGGAAACAGAAAGGGAUGCAGCUAUUUCUGAUUUCCGAAGGAUGUCCACUGAACGAGAUAGCUUGAGAGAGAGGUUAAAGAUUGCUCAAGAGACUGCAUUUAAUGAAAAAGCUCACCUGGAACAGAGAGUUGAGGAACUGGAGUUAAAUGUUCAGAGUCUUGACAAUGAGCGAUUAGAUCAAACAUCAAAGAUGGCUUUAAUGAAGGAGACAAUCGAGUCUCUAGAAAUGGAGAUGAAAAUAUUGGCAAAAAGAGCAGUAGAUUUUGAAAGUGAGCUAAGCAGGCAAAAAGCAACUAAUGCUUCACUGAGCAUUAUGAAUGAAAAAAUGGAGCAUAACAUUGCAGAGGCCCAACGACAACUCUCAAAGAAAAAAUAUGAAUUACAGCUCAUUCAAGAUAAAAUUACGUGUCUAGAUGAAAAAAAUGAAAAGCUUUCAAAACAAAAUCUUGUCCAACAAGAAGAUAUUUGUACACUCAAUGACACAAUAACUGAACUAGAUACAGAAAAGGAUUCUUUACAUGAGCUUCUGGAAGAGAAAGCAGAUAAAGUUGCCUCCCUUGAAGAAAGCUUGGCCCUUAAAGAAAAGACCAUUUCAGAUUUGAAGUGCCUACUUUCUGAUAUGGAGAAAUCAACAAAGCAUUCUACUGAAGCACUCUGCAGGUGUGAACAGGAUAUUACCAAACUACAUCAACUUUUGGAUGAAUCUAAUAAUGAACUUGCUCAGACGAGUGAAGAGAAAGAAGGAUUAAUUCGGGAGAAUGAUAAUCUACAAAAACAGCUUUAUGGCUUUAAGGAGGAGAAUCAGAUUCUGCAUCACAAACUCAGUGAAUGUCAGAAUGAACUUGAUAAUCUGAAGGCGAAAACUGAAGAUUGGCAUACAGAUAUUUCCAGACUGAAGAGCAUGCUGAAAUCUAAAGAAAAGGAGAAUCAAGAGCUUUUGGAUAACUACCACAGGGCCAAUGAGCAAGCAGAAAAGUGGGAAUCCAAGUUCCAACAAAUGGAAGCAAACUGUAGCUCUGUCCAACUGGAGCUCCUCAGUGCAGAAUCUGAGAGCCGCAGACUAAAAGAACGAACAGAGGCUCUUGAAACAGAGAUUGGGCACCAAUUAGCAGCAGAAAAAGCCCACAAGUCACAGAUUUCUACAUUAGGUAAGUCUCUUUUGAAAAUGGAGGAGGACCUCCAUGACGUGCAACUGGAGAAAGUUUCUGUACUGUCAGAGUUGGCAUCUACUCGGGAACUCUGCAUAAAAUUGGACACUAGCAAAGAGUUAUUAGCCCGGCAACUAAGCAACACAACACAGGAAAUAGAACGGCUGCAAAAUGAAUGGGAAUCGUCUCACUCUGAAACCGAACUCCUCAAAAAACAACUCACUAAUGAAAGAAUUUCAAUUAAAAACCUAGAAACAUUGUUAGCAUCCAACCGUGAAAAGGAAUAUCAAUCUCAGAUGAUAAGCCAAGAAAAAGAGUCUGAAAUUCAGCUUCUUAAAGAGCAGCUUUCGCUGGCUGAAAACAAGAUUGCUACCCAGAGUCGAGAUUUUUCACAGCUCAAAAAUACAAUAACUCAAUUGGAGUCUGAGUUAGAUAUCACCAAAAGGCAGCUGGGUACAGAACGCUUUGAAAGAGAGCGUGCUGUCCAAGAGCUUCGCCGCCAGAGUCUGGGAGCUCCAUACCAAUUAACUUCUACAAUAAGGACAUCAUCACCUGAACGUUCUCGGCACCGGUCUUCUGACAAGUCUCUGGACAGAUCUUCGGAAUGGGAUUCUAUUUUGAAGAACUUCUAACUGAAGAAGAUAAUGAAAAAAAGUCUGAUAUCUAUUAUUAGAAAUGCAAAUGCCAAAUUGAACUCAGGUUUACUAAAAUGAUUGUUUUAAUCCAGUUGAUGGUGGAUAAGGUUCAGAAUACUUCUUAAAAGAAGGAGUGUGCACACACAAAUAUUUUAUUUUAGCCACUGGAAAAUAAGUUUUAAUAUGCUGUUUUAUGCAACCAAUAUCCACUCUUAGUACAUGAAACUGCAAAGAAAUGUGAAGAUGACUUCAGCUGCAUGCUGUCAAAGAAACAUUAUUAAGGAACCUAUCGCUGUAAAGAUGAAAACAGAAAACAGUUUAUCCUUUCUUUUAUCUGUUGUAGCUUGAUUGUAUGCCUGCUAAGUUACGACACAUUUUCACUUCAGGAGGAAAGACAUUUUUAAGAUGAAUUAUAUUUAAUAUAUGUGGUUUAAUUUUGACUACAAAUCUGAUGUUAAAUUAAUUAGUGGCUUGGAUCCUAACUUCCAUUCUGUGAAGAGCAUUCACAUUCACUGAACAGAGCUCUACAACCUCCUUACAGAAAAUCUGGUUCUGGAGAUUGCGGGACCCAUAGGAAACGGGUCAGAUAUAGUAUGGCAGGGCUGCAGAUGGGGGGGGGGGAGUUUAUGGCAAUCACACUCAUCCCUUGGGUGAAGAGAAAAGUAACUUAGGAUUCAAUCCAAAGUAUCAAAAAGCAAUUUGUUUUUAAAGUUAAACAAACAACAAUCUACUUAUAGAAAUAAUAGUGUCAGCUCCUAGUUCAUAUAUAUCCAUUAACAGCGAUGUGCUGGCUCUGUAGCUAUAUAACCCAUUCUAAGCAUUAAGUAUUUUGGGGAGACAGCAUGUCUUCAUCAGGCUGUAACUGGGUAACAUGUUUAAAUUCUGAAUAAUGUCACAGUGUCUAAGAAAGUGUAUUUGUAGUGGCCAUUAAAUAUGUCAUUUGUAAAUAAUAAAAACCCCGUUAACACUUGUUUUAAUUUGCAGUUUACAAAAAUACAUACUGACAAUAACACAUACUCAGCUAUGAAAAUUACAUUAUUUAAAGUACAGCCAUUGCAAAUGGUAUUUAACACUCUAUAGAACAUUCAUUUAAUAAGAAUUUUUCCAAUUUUUCCUUAUUAGAAGCCACUUGUUUUAUUAUAAUGAAACACAAUUCCUUAUUCAGUGCAGCUGAAAAAGAUAGUUUUCAGUAGUCCUUUCUUUUGUGUGCUAAGCCAAUUUCUAAUUAUGUUUCAUCUAAGUGCUUGUUUGUUUUUUUGAGAUGAUGGACAUAAAACGAUUAAGCCCUUUUCAGUAUUGUUUCCAUCUCCAAAAGCUUUACAGAACUUUAAAUCCUAAAAAUGUAUUGAAACCUCCCUCACCCCAUCAUUUUAAAGCUACAUAUGCAAGUAUGUGUAACAAGAUGGAUUUAUAAACUUUAUAUAGAAAUAUAUUAACUCUGAAAAACUUCCCCAGCAGCUUUAUUAUUCAACACAUUUCAUUCCUUCCUACCAGUUACGACUCAGGGGAAAGUCAAAUUUUAAUUUUAAUUGUAAAAUGUUCCUUGCAAGCACAUAACAAAGAAAAAUUAAAGCUAGUGUUUAUAGAAUUGUAAGGGCAUGCCCAAAGAUUCCAGUUUGACCCCUCAAUUGAAAAACCUAUCUUUGUAGUACCACUUAAGCAACAAAAUUGCUGUAUCAUAGUGCUUUUGAGAUUCCUCCUGACUUUACUAAAAUAUUACCUUUCUAGACCCUAUAGGUUUCCUGCUUCUCUGCAACUAAUCUUACUUUGUAAUAUGUGAAACUGAAUCCUUGUUCUGAAAUCGUCAUCACUUUAAAGGGGAAGGAAAAGGGAAGAGCCAAAAGAUAUCAAAUAACUCCUUUCUAGAGAGGUAACAAUUCUCACUCUUCUUGUAAUCCUUUGGGUGAAGAACCAGUGAACUGAGAAUUCAUCAUUCCUUGCUUCUUAUUGAUGAUGUUUUCAUUUAUCAGUCUUCUCGACAUCCAAAAAGGAAACAGAUGUGUCGUUGUAUUCAAAUCAGUGCUGAACCAAUGGUUUCCUCCACUUCUGUUAUUCUGAGCAUUAUAUUACUUGCCUUUGCUUAAUUCUCUGAAUGUUAUAAGAAUGACAUUUAUUCUAUAAGAUAAAUUCAUAAAAUUUGGACACUGUUUGUAACAGACUUUAUUGUAUAUACCUGUGCAAAUGAAUGCGUGAAUCAAACCUAAGGUAAGAUUCUCUGUUAUCAAAACUUCACUCACCACUUUUUUUAUCAGCAUAAAGGUGCCAGGUUUGAGACUAAAUAUGGGGGAAAAACCUUUUUCCAAGAGUCAAUAUUUAGAAAGCAGAAUAUACAACGGUCAAUAUGAGCAACUUGCAAGUAUAUGUAUAACCAAGGUGUUAAUUGCUAUAAUCCCCUCCCCACAAACUAACUUCUCCCAAUACUUCUUUGGCACAGAAAGAAGUGAAUCAGAUAGCAUGUGUGUGCAUACAAGAAAACUUGAUUUGUGUAUAACUGUUUUUAUUUAGUGUAAUCAUUACAUUGGCAUUUAAGUGCAACUAGUUCCCCCCAAAAAAAACAGGUAGAAAAGUUUGCUGAACAGUAUGGCAUGAUGACAACUACAUUGUCUUCGGAGUCUUCCUGUUAAAUAAUAAAUUCAAUGUAAUACUGGCCUGGUUCACACAUAACAGGAAACCAUGGUUUCUUACCAUAUGAACAAGCUGCAGUAAGCCUUGGACUUAAGUGCUACUCCUCUCUCAAUAUAUUUUCAGAUUCUGAUUUGUUCUCACUGACAAGUUUAAACAAACCACUUACCCAACUUUGGACAAAACGAGGCUGGAGAGGCUGCAUAAUUCUAUGGGAUAACUCAUGGUUAAUUCAGUAUUACGUGUAAAUCAGACCAUGGGUCUUUUUCUGCAGGUUUACAAUUCCCUUGUUUCUUUUAAAACAAAUAAAUAAAUUGCACAACU